AUGUAAAGUAACUUAUUACCCAUUGUCUUUACCAUGUAAAGUAAUUCCAUAAUCUAUUGUAAUUGGACAGAUUCAUAGCAAGAAAAUAAACAAACUUGAGCAUAAGAAAAUGCAGGAUCUUGUAUUUGUUAAGUAUAAUCAAGCUCUUAAAGCUUGAUAUAAUAGUAAGGAUGAGAUUGAUCCAAUCUUCCUUGACCAUAUUGAUGAUAGUAAUGAAUGGUUGAUUGGAAAAAUGGGUGGUGACCAAGAUGAUGCUGAAAAUGAACUUGUGUUUGGUGAUGAUCACUUGACUUGGGGAGAGGUAGCUAGAGCUCCUGAUGAAGAGGCUGAAUCAAAGGAAGAGGUGGAGGAUUAUCACUCAAGUGAUGGAGAUGAUAGCAGUGAUGAUGAUGAGAUGAAUGCAGUUCAUGACGAUGAUGUAGAUGCGGAUGAUUUAUCUUAGAUUUUAGAAUGAUAUUAUGUUGUUUCUAACUUUCUACAGUGUUUUAAUUUCUUGACGGUUAUGCAUGCACGUACUGCUAAUUUUCUGUUCUAACAAUUGAUGUUAUGAACUUCAAAAUCUGUUUUAUUAAUAUAUCAUGUUUUGAGUA